GGACGGACAGGAGAUGCCUUCAGUGUCGAGCGUGGACGUCGUGCAAACACGCGUGUAGUCGUCGACAGUCGUCGAACUGACAGUCGUGUAGAACUGACAGUCGUCGAACUGACAGUCGUGUAGAACUGACAGUCGUCGACAGUCGUGUAGAACUGACAGUCGUCGACAGUCGUGUAGAACUGACAGUCGUCGAACUGACAGUCGUCGACAGUCGUGUAGAACUGACAGUCGUCGACAGUCGUCGGGAACUGAUCUUCGCUUCGUCUGGACCGGUCGACUGCUGCAGCCGCAGCAACAUGCUCGACGUCCGAGUCCAGUGAGUUGGUUCAGAGGCAGAAGUAUCAAAGUCUACGGUCAGAGGCUGAGAACCAACGAUCUGUGUGGUUAUAAAAAUAAAAAAAUAAAAAAAUGUGGAGGAAAUCUGUGAUGUUCGUGUCGCUGCGGGUGAACCGAGGACGACACGAUGGGAUCCGUGGAGCUGCAGCGGCUCGAUAUGUCUCCUCCAGCUCCUCCAGCUCCUCAUCCAGCUCCUCAUCCAGCUCCUCAUCCAGCUCCUCCAGCAAACUGAAAACCAUGGCCGAGUUGGGAGGACCGAAUUUCGGCACGACCCUGUACUGGAUGUUCGUGAAGGGCCACUACAGGACGAUGCAUCAGUUACAGAUAGAGCACAGGAAGAUCUACGGACCUCUGUGGAAGUCGAAGUACGGGCCAAUGGUUGUGGUGAACGUGGCCAGCGCCGACCUGAUAGAGCAGGUCCUGAGGCAGGAGGGGAGACACCCGGUGCGGUCAGACAUGCCCAACUGGAGGUUGUACAGAGAGAUGAAUAACCAGGCGUACGGACCCCUGACAGAGAUGGGGGCCAAAUGGCUGCACAUCCGCAGUAUCCUGAACCCUCGGAUGUUGAAGCCUAAACACGUUUCCUCCUACACCGACACCAUCAACGAGGUGGUGACGGACUUCAUCGACAGAGUGGCCUGGCUGCGGGCGAAAAGCGGCCAGGGAGUUAUGGUCAACGACCUGACUGAGGAACUCUACAAAUUUGCUUUUGAAGGAAUCGCUUCAGUGUUGUUUGAGACGCGCUUGGGCUGCAUGAAUGAGGUGUUGCCCGAGGAAACCCAGAAGUUCAUCAACUCCGUGGGGCAAAUGUUUUACCUCACCCCACUCGUUCUCCUGUUCCCCAAGUUCACGUGGCCCUACCUGCGCUUCUGGAAACAGUUCGUGGCGGUCUGGGAUCACCUCUUCAAAUUCACUGAAGAGGUGGUGCAUAAAAAAAUGGACGAGAUCCAGGAAAAGGUGAACAAGGACCAGAGCCUGGAGGGAGCGUACCUCACACACCUGCUCUGCAGUGAUCAGAUGACGGUCACGCAGAUUCUGGGCAGCAUCACUGAACUCCUGCUGGCGGGAGUCGACACAACCUCCAACACCAUCUCCUGGGCUCUGUACCACUUGGCAAAAGAGCCAGAGAUCCAGGAACGGUUAUACCAGGAGGUGAUGAGCGCUUGCCCCGGGGACAGGAUGACGAGCAGCGAUGACAUCACGCGGAUGCCGUUCCUGAAGGCCAUCAUCAGGGAGACACUACGGUUGUAUCCUGUUGUACCAGGAAACGCCCGCAUCAAUGUAGACAGGGAGAUCGUAGUGGGAGAUUACAUCUUCCCCAAAAAGACGCUGUUUCAACUGUGCCACUACGCCGUGUCCAACGAUGAGGAUCACUUCCCCGACCCACACACCUUCAUCCCGCAGCGAUGGCUCCGAGGAGGGGAGGAGAGGUCCAAGCAUCACCCGUUCGGGUCGGUGCCGUUCGGUUUCGGGAUCCGAGCCUGCCUGGGCCGGCGGGUGGCCGAACUCGAGAUGUAUCUCCUCCUGUCCAGAUUGAUGAAGCGCUACGAGGUGAGGCCCGACCCGGCUGGGACGACGGUGGAGCCCAUCACCAGGACCCUGCUUUGCCCUGCGAAACCAAUCAACCUGCAGUUUCUGGACCGAGGGGUCGAGCAGGAGGAGCCGAGAGCGAGAGCAGCAGCAGGAGGAGGAGUUUCUCCGUGAGCGUCGUUAGUAUUCACUCUGUGUCGCCUAGCCUGUCACCAAACACUUAUUUAUACAGAGCUCAGACAAUGAGAAGUGGCUGGAUGGAAUGUAUACCUAAAACUGUGGCGUAGAUUAUAAGCUGCUAGAAAAAGUAGGCUGUACAGUGCACAAUAUAAUACUAUAUAUGUAUAGAAUUUUUAAAAUAAUUGUAUAAAUCUUAAUAUUCAUUCUUUAACCAACACAAAACGUAUAACGUAUUUUUUUUUUCCUCCACGGAUCUGUUUAGUUUCAAUUUUGCAAAUGCUACAUUUUUUGUUUUUAUGCAAUUCUUAUCCUGGGGCCAACCACGAGUUUGAGUUUCCCCAACAUCAUAAUUCACACGUUUGUACUCCCUAUAUGUCUGUUAUUCUAUAUUUUUGAUUAUCGUCAACAAGCAUGUGCUCAUGGUAAUC